GGAUAUCCGGUUCCUUCGGGCGCUCAGGGAGCUGACGGAGAGGGCCGCCGCCCAGCAGCAGACGCUGUCUCAGCGAGCCGAGUCGCAGUUUCCGCGGUGUGUGAGUGAGCCCGGGCUCUGUCCCCUCUCCCCGCCGCCGCCAUGGGCUGCACGUUGAGCGCCGAGGACAAGGCGGCGGUGGAGCGGAGCAAGAUGAUCGACCGCAACUUGCGGGAGGACGGGGAGAAAGCGGCCAAAGAAGUGAAGCUGCUACUACUCGGUGCUGGAGAAUCUGGUAAAAGCACCAUCGUGAAACAGAUGAAAAUCAUUCAUGAGGAUGGCUAUUCGGAGGAAGAAUGUAAACAAUAUAAAGUAGUUGUCUACAGCAAUACCAUACAGUCUAUCAUUGCAAUCAUAAGAGCCAUGGGACGGCUAAAGAUUGACUUUGGGGAAGCUGCCAGAGCAGAUGAUGCCCGGCAAUUAUUUGUUUUGGCUGGCAGUGCUGAAGAAGGAGUCAUGACUCCAGAACUGGCAGGAGUGAUUAAACGGUUAUGGCGAGAUGGUGGGGUGCAAGCUUGCUUCAGCAGAUCCAGGGAGUAUCAGCUUAAUGAUUCUGCUUCAUAUUACCUAAAUGAUUUGGAUAGAAUAUCCCAAACCAACUACAUUCCAACUCAGCAAGAUGUCCUGCGGACAAGAGUGAAGACCACAGGCAUCGUGGAAACGCACUUCACCUUCAAAGACCUAUACUUCAAGAUGUUUGAUGUAGGUGGCCAGAGAUCAGAACGCAAAAAGUGGAUUCACUGUUUUGAGGGAGUGACAGCAAUUAUCUUCUGUGUGGCCCUCAGUGAUUAUGACCUUGUUCUGGCUGAGGAUGAGGAGAUGAACCGAAUGCAUGAAAGCAUGAAACUGUUUGACAGCAUUUGUAACAACAAAUGGUUUACAGACACUUCAAUCAUUCUCUUCCUCAACAAGAAAGAUCUUUUUGAGGAAAAAAUAAAGAGGAGUCCAUUAACUAUCUGUUAUCCAGAAUACACGGGUUCCAAUACAUAUGAAGAAGCAGCUGCUUAUAUUCAGUGCCAGUUUGAAGAUCUGAACAGAAGAAAAGACACCAAGGAGAUCUAUACUCACUUCACCUGUGCCACAGACACCAAGAAUGUGCAGUUUGUUUUUGAUGCUGUUACAGAUGUCAUCAUUAAAAACAACUUAAAGGAAUGUGGACUUUACUGAAGAGGGUUGGAGAUUAAUGAAAGUUAUUACAGUGUGGAGUGUUGAGACCAGACUUCUUUUGCUGUCUCAUUGGGCAGCUGCAAGCAUGAACGGGACCAGGGAAUGGCAGCAGCAUGCAGAAUCUUAGCACUCUUUAGCACAAUCUUCUGUAUUAGGGAACUCUUAAUUGACAUGAGAUGCUAAAGUCAGACAUUGGAAUUGGAACGACUGUAUAAAGUAUGAUUCGAUCAUCAAGACAUCACUUGGAUUUCAUAAUCUCAAAUGUUUAGGGCCGAUGUGAAGUUGAGGUGCUGCAUUCCAGAACUUUAAUAUGUAGCUUACUCUUUUUUUUCCUUCUUAACAAACCACCACUAGUUCAUUUUUAAAGUUUUUUUUUCAUCAAGAGAAUAAUGUUACUAAAUUUUAUUUCUUUGUUUGCAAGAGAAUCUUUAUUAAAACACAAUCUUAACUAUGCACAUGAUGUGACCAGAUCAUCUUGAAAAUACUCCUCUUAGUAGGAGCUCUUUGUUUUUAACUUUUGGUAUGGUCAGAACAUCGUAUUUCCAUAAUUACUUAAUUCUUUAUGGUUAUUGGGGCUAUGACUAUAGCUUUUUUGGAUGAAAUUUAUGUUACUCUCCUGCUCAAAGUACCAUCAUGGUUUUUAAGUGGUAAUUACAUUGGAGAGUUCUGUAAUAAGAUUCUCACUCUCUAACUUUUGUUUAAGUUUAUGGUUUAAGGUUAACCUGGUUUAUGCUGAUUACCAAAUUACUAGGUAAAUGCUGAUGUAGGAUGUAAAGUUAGUUUCUUGGAUACGGACACACCCAGGGCAGCUGUCAAUUAGAAAUGCAAAUUGCAAAAUUCCAAACAGAAACCGUGACUUUGCUGCUACAUACCUACUAAAUUGACCACUUUGGUUCUUGCUUGUUUGUCUCAGUCAUAGGGAGUUCUGUAAAAGAUGCCCCUUGUUUUCCAUCUUCCAUGGCCUUUUCUGUUGGGAAACAUCUAAAGUGUAUUAACAGUGCAUGCUUUUACUUUGUAAAUGUGGUGCCAAAUCCCUGUUUGCCAUUGUUUUUAUUGUAGCAAUGUUAAUUGUAGUAAUCCUUAGUCAGUACCUUCUUUUGCCGAAACUCCUGCAUUUUGGGACUUUUUCCACUAUGUUGUAUGUACAGAUUUUAAUCUGUUAUAGUUGGCAGCAGUAUUAAAAUGGUGAGUAAAGAGUCCAGGUUUGUUCCUGUUUGUAAUUAGUUCUUUCUGGAAAUAUUUUCUUCUGUUUCUUUUUGUUCCUGCUGAAUGUGCUUUGGCCUUUGUCUGAGAGUGGGUUUAGGUAGAGGGUUCCCUGAAGGUCUAGUCUUUUGGUGUAGUAGUAUUGUUUUAUUUUGGCCUGACUGAGGGUCUUAUGUCAUAUCUGUGUCAGUGACAUGCAGUCAUAAUCCAUUUUCCGGGUUUACAUUUUGGUUUUGUGGAGAGCUUUAUUCACCUCGGCCUGUAGGUCCUUUUGUAUAAUGUACAGCAAAUGUCUUUAAAUAUUGAAUGGGCCUUUGGGGGAAGGCAGAUGAAGAGAAUGUAUUGUGAGCAUUCCAAAUCAGCAGUUUGAGCAGUGCCUUUGAGGUCCAGUCUUUUCAGAUUGGAUUCUAUGUCAUCUUUUGAUGUGACCUUUUACUAGUUUAAAAAAAAAAGAAAAAGGAAUGAUGGUCAGCAAAGCUAAUUCAGAAAGCAAGCCGCAGCACUUCAGUGCCUUUAUUGGAAUUUUUUUUCUUACUCUUUUUGGAAAAGUAUAACUAUGCAGAUGCUAUAGCGGUACUAUCUAAACAAUUUCUUUAGGGCUGGGAAAACUGCAUCUAAAAGAAAGAAAAUGAUCAGCUUCGAUUGGUGAUUAGUUUAUACCCACAAUGUAGAUAGGACCGAUAGUUCCUGUUCAUUUUGAAUAAUCUUUCCCUUAUUGUAUUUUGUGAUCUAGAAUCAUCUGGAAAUGAGAACUCGUGGAAUAUCGUUUUAACUGUAGUCUUUCUAUAGUCAGGGCUAAUGGGAUGGUGUUGAUAAUCCAAAAUAACAAAUAAUCUGAAUGCGUUAAUUUUACUUUGAAAUGCACCUUGUAUUUUCAUUUGAAUAUGUCUAUCUGAUAUGUUCAUUUUUUAGCUUUUCUGUUAAUGAAAAAAUAGUAAUUCUCUGAUUUUUUUGCCCCCAUACCAUUUACAUUUUUCUUUAUUUACAUGAAGAUCACCCCCUACCCUACCAUCCCAAGUAAUUUGUCUAAAUGCACAUUCCUGGAGGACACAGGGACACAAUUCAAGUCAUUGGUUUUCAGAUAUGCCUUAAGUCAAAAUCACCUGGAUCCAUUUCAGAGAUUGACUCUUGGCUGGUGGGCCUAGUGAUCUAUCAUUUUAAAAAGGUGAUUCUUAUCAGCUUUGCAAAUCACUGUUGUGUUUUGAAAUAAAAGAUCUUUUCUAAUAGCAGAGCCAGAGUGUGGGGGUGAAACAUCAUGUGUACUAGCCUGGAGAAAAAAGGAUUGGUAUUUGUAAUCAAAGAAACUAAAAGUUGCUUUGUGUCUUUUCUGUGGAGAAUGCUGGAGGUUUGUGAUGGACUGCAUUUCAGUAUUCAUGUGGCCAGGCUUUGGACCAUCUGAGAAACCAGCACAUCUAAGAAAAUUAAAUUUUAAUGAAUAAAGAACAGUAAAUAGACCCUCGUAGGAAGGACUGGAACAAUAGCUUUAUUUUGCUGUUUAUUUUGUUCCAUCUUCACCUGAUUAAAACCUUGGGCUGUAGAAAUGCCAUUCAUUAGGCUCUAUUUAAAGAGGAUAUAGUCUCCUUAAAGGCCAGUCUUGCCCGACCUUACAAACUCAGCCUUGCAGCAGAUUUCACCUUCUGGCACGAAAAUUCCAAAAACUUUUACAGUUAUUUAUAAGCAGAUCUUGGGAUGACAUUUCAUCUUAGACAGUUUAAAUUCUAAGUCUCUAGUUCAGUGUGUCAUUUUAUUAUUGUUUCCAAUGACGGAUUGUUAUUUUUUAUAAAGUGCUGCAUUCUAAGAAUAGAUGGACCAAAUUUUAAAAACUA